UUCCUGCAAGUCUGUCGCAUCCAACGUCGUCUUUAUUACGAGACAGUAAGGCUGACGAAAUGGAAUACAUAGCGAAGGAAGAAACUCUUCACCUUAGGAACAAACACAUCGGAGGGGCAUGUAAGCUAUUUUUUGCAUCUGAUCCCCUGAAGAUUGUGCGUGCCUCUGGUCAGUACAUGUAUGAUGAGCAGGGCCAACAGUAUCUUGACUGUAUCAACAAUGUGUGCCAUGUUGGACAUUGCCACCCUGAUGUUGUGGAGGCUGGGUACAAACAGAUGAAAGUCCUCAACACAAACUCGCGCUUCCUACACGACAAUCUUGUUCUCCUAGCCAAACGCCUCACAGAAACCAUGCCUGACAAACUAUCUGUUGUGUACUUCGUAAACUCAGGGUCAGAGGCGACAGAUCUGGCCACCAGGCUCGCAAAACACUACACAAGAGGAACAGAAAUGCUGACACUAGACCAUGCUUACCAUGGUCAUGUAGUUUCUGCAUUGGAAAUCAGUCCAUACAAGCUAAGACAACAGGUUGACAAUUCUCAUCCUCCACCUGACCAUGUACAUUGGCUGUCAUGUCCAGAUGUGUACAGGGGCAAAUUCCGUGACUGUGACUAUCCUGGACAGGACAUGGGGCAGUUAUAUGCCAAUGAAGCAAGAGAUGUCAUACAAAAAAUACAAGAAGAUGGCAAGAGUGUUUCAUUCUACAUUGCUGAGUCCAUGCAGAGCUGUGGCGGGCAGAUCAUUCCACCUCCGGGAUAUCUGCAGUCAGUUUACAAGUAUGUGAGAGAGGCUGGUGGAUUGUGUAUAGCUGAUGAGGUCCAGGUGGGAUUUGGCAGAGUAGGAAGCCACUUCUGGGCCUUUCAACUCCAAGGUGUUGAGCCAGACAUUGUUACACUAGGGAAACCAAUGGGCAAUGGUCACCCUGUGGCUGCAGUGAUCACUACACAGGAAAUAUCAGACAGCUUUAGGGACAGUGGUAUGGAGUACUUCAACACGUAUGGCGGUAAUCCUGUAUCCUGCUCCAUUGCCUUGGCUGUAUUAGAUGUUAUUGAGAAGGAAAACCUGAAACAGAAUGCUCUUGAUGUUGGUCAAUACUGGAAGGACAAAGUGAUGGAGCUGAUGAGCCAAUUUGAGAUUAUUGGACAAGUGAGGGGUCAAGGUCUUUUUCUUGGUAUUGACCUUGUGAAGGACAGGGAGACCAGAGAGCCAGCCAGUGAGGAAGCAAAGAGAGUCAUCACAAGGAUGAAGGAGGAGCACAUUCUACUGAGUACAGAUGGCCCCUACAGUAAUGUCAUAAAGACCAAACCUCCCAUGUGCUUCAGUAAGGACAAUGUCGACCACUUUAUGGAGAAGUUGACGAGGAUUUUAAGGGAGGUAACCACACAGACAACAAACACAAACUCCCAGGCAGUCUCAAACUGUUCUGUCUCUAACAACAACAUGGAGGAUAGUGACGUAAACAAAAAUAUCUGUAACGGUCUACAUGCCAUGAAGGUGCACUAGUCUACAUCACUGCUGUAUAAAUUAGUAACUAAUGCAGCAUGGUAAAGUGAGUGUGACCUUGUGUGACCUUGCUCCAGGUGUUGGUCAGUUAAAAGCAGACUGGACUAAGUGCCUCAUAUCUGUAGUCACAAGUCUCUCCAGGUAUACUGACUCUGUGAUUGUUGACCAUUAUCAUAUAAGUGUGAACCUUCAGGUCUUUGUAAUAUGAUUUGUUUAAAAUCUAUAUAUAUGUAUCUUUUAUUUCUUACAAUAUUCAACAGUAUUCAACAAUUAAAAAUCCUGCUUGCAGAGUUUUAUAAUGAAUUACUAGAUAAUCAUUUAAUGAUUAUGUUUUUGAUUUUAGAUAAUAUUAUAGUCUUGCUAUUGUUGUAACUUUUCUCAAUUUAUAUUAUUGUGAAAGUGUCUUAGAUGAUACAUUACUUUGCAUGAAUUUAUCCUAUGAAAUUUUAACUGCAUUACACAAAACUAUGUAUACCACAGAAUACAUUUAGUCAGAGUACAGAUACAUGUUUAUGUCAUCUUAAACGUCACUCCAUACGGCCACGGGAGUGGUUAAGGUGUAAGGACACUUUAUCAUUAGCCCUCCACCACUGGGUUGCGAGUUUGAAACCUACGUGGGGCAGUUGCCAGGAACUGACCGAAGGCCGGUGGUUUUUCUCAGGGUACUCCGGCUUUCCUCCACCUUGAAAACCUGGCACGUCCUUAAAUGACCCUGGCUGUUAAUAGGACGUUUAAACAAAAACAAACCAAAUCAAAGCAUACAAUGUGUGUUAGUUUGUUAUUAGCUCACCUGGUCCGAAGGACCAAGGUGAGCUUAUGCCAUACCGUGGCGUCCGUCCGUCAACAAUUGACUUAUUUGACUUC